GAGAAUAAAACCAAACCCCACUUAACUGCACUGUCUCUAUUCCGCAAUAAAUUUAUACAUUACAUUUAUAUAGUGACUGCGCUGCCUGGUGCCCGAUAAAUAGGGGGUAAUUUUACGAUAACUUAUCUCGCAUCUCAAAACGGAGCUUACGCCAAGCAUUAUUCAGAUUCGCAGGGCGAAAGACACCACAAACACUCUUUGAAGAUCGAAAGCUGAGUAUAGAUUUACAAAUCAAACACGAUUAAACACAGGACACAAUGCACGUGGAAGUUUCAGUUGCCCUUAACUUUGUCAUAUCGUACUUGUAUAACAAACUACCACGACGACGGGUUGAUAUGCUUGCAGAGGAGUUAGAGAGAGGACUGAAGAGAAAGUUUCAAGGUCACUGGUAUCCCGACAAACCAUUUAAAGGAUCUGGCUUUAGAUGUGUUCGAAUGAACGGCGAGAAAGUCGAUCCCGUGUUUAUCCACGCCGCAAGUGAGUGCGGUUUGUCCUUGGAGGAAGUCAAAUCCUAUCUUCCGGAGGAACUUACCGUUUGGAUUGACCCUGCAGAAGUAUCAUAUCGUAUCGGAGAAAAAGGACAAAUAAAAAUUCUGUUUAGUGAUAGAAAAGACGAGAGUACAGAAACAGCUGAUCGCGAAAUCCAGGCCGCAGGCCGUGCAUUCAAUCCUGAUGCACAAUGUUUCAAACCUAUCGACAACCUGUCGGCUUCACUGAACAAUAUUUGUCUGUCACCUGUUCUCUUAUCGCCGUCAUCGCCGACGUCAUCAAAAGGAUGGUCAGCCAGCGCUUCUACGUCGCCAUCCAGCUCACUGUUCAACUCCACUCUAUCCAGACCCGCACCGCCAGCUACACUGGUGUCAAAAGAUAACCCCGUUACUCAAUUUACAGCAGCUUCAUUUGCACAGACAAAGUUUGGAUCUACAAAGCUGAAAACUAACGCCAAAAGACCUACGCGUCUUUCACCAACAGAACUUGGGAACUUCUUCCGCCAGCGGUCUUCGGUACUUCAUCCUCCUAAUCCAAACGGUUAUUGUUCUCCACAGAGACCACGUUCCUUGUCUCCAAGAGAUCCACGCCUCGAAUUCUACAUGGAUCAGAAAAACCGGGUUUUUCUUUCUCAACAACAGCUCCAUCAUCAGCAACUCCAGCAGAUACAGCCGCAACAUCUGCUGCACUCACCUCAGCACGGCAGCAGUCCGUCCUCUCCAAUCAGUGAAAACGGAAUGGUCCGGUCACCGAUGUCCAGUCAUGGCUACGUCCCUGGUCAUCUGAACGACUUCAUGUCAGCCUCGUCUCCGCUGACAUCUCCCGCCAAUUCCGUGGCUGUGUCACCCGACUCGGACAAGUCGUUCAUGGAUGGAAUAAAUUUGAAUAACAUUUCAUAUACGGCACAGUAUCCUCACAUGUUGUUGGCCAAUUAGGAUUUGGGUAACAUAGCUAGAAUGAAAGACGACGACACUUGACGUGUUUAAUCGUAGAGGUUUAGCAGAGAUUCUUUACAUUUUCUAGGAUCUGUUGUUGUGAAAUCUCCCUAAGGGGAAGACAGCAUGUCCCUAACACGAUAUUCACGGUUGUUGCUGGGUUUGGUACAUGCUGCCAUAAGUGACCAUGUCACUUAGUAUUUAUAUUUAUAUUUAUAUUGACAUAUUUUGGAGGGCAUCAAUUAUCGUAUUAAAGUCCCAAAGUAGAGUGGUACGUUUACAUUCUACAAAUGAGUAGUGGAGAUUUGUUUUUUAUUUAACUAGAUAUUCCACAUAUUAUAUCAUAUGUUAUAUAGCUAAGCAGUUAAAUUAUUUUUAUAUUAGUUAUAAUUUUUUCAAGACGUUCGUACAAAAGAUUAUAUAUAUUCGUACACUUUUUAUGAUGGUCUAUAUGUAUAUAUACAGAUGGGAAUUAGGUUUUCUAUGGAGUAUCGAGUAUCAUUUUGAUAGAGCCUAUUUAUACACACCAUGUUCAUUAUUUGCUGUUGUUGGCCUCUAGGACAGGUGUAUUAGCCACUGGUCAUCAUAACUGCUGUCACGUUUUAAUUAACAAAAUUUGAUUAUGCUCCAAUGAACACUCUCAUACCUUGGUUUCUUUGUAUUUUAUCUUUAAGGAAGCUCUAUACAUUGCACACUAAAGAGUUUUAUUUGUAGGGUAGUUUUAUGUCAUUAGAGUGAUAUGAAUUUAUCUAUGAUUAAAGUAUUCUUAACAUUAUAUUAGACUUAGAAUUAUGUAUCUGAAUUCAUUACUACCAAUCAUAUGUUUUCUCUUUACAAAUAGUCCAUUAAUUGUCUCUGAACAUUUUUACUGCGGAAAAAAAGACAGGUACCCUUUAUUGAAAAAUGAACUGAAUAAUUUCAAUAUGCAAACCUCAAUAUGACAAAGUUUUCUCCAAGUAAAAAAUAAAAACAAUUCUUGUUAGUGUUUAGAACUUCCUUAAGAAGAAUUUGCAGCUUUUAGUUAAAUGUCAAACAGUUUUCUAAAUUUGAAUUUUAGCAAUUAAAAUUUUAUAUUAAAAUAUCAAGAGUUCAUAUAAGAUUUUAACCUUAAUGAGACAAAUGACUGUGGUGAGCAGUGUAAAUGUGUUCAUAUUUAGCCAUUAUUCUCCCUUCUAAAAGCGCUAUAAAACUGCUUCUUUUUUUAUUCAUUUUUAUUUGAAAGCAAUAACUCCCAAGUUUACCUCCUGUUCCUAGCUGGGAAUCCGUCCUGUUGAUAACUUUUGACCAGUGGGUCCCCAUGCCAAAAUAGCACCUGUCUCUCUGGGCCAGUUUAAGGUGUAUGUGAUCAUACGUUGUGCAAUAAUCGUUCAUUUCCAUGGCCUUGUGUGUUUGAGAACUGUAUUGUUUAUAUUGCUACAUAUUUUUAAGUUUGUAAUAAAAAUUGGUAUUUUUAAA